AUGGAUGAACAAACUGGAGUGCAGGAUAUUGCCGUAAUUGGAAUGGCUUGUCGCUUUCCCCAGACUGCAGAGGAUGUCGAGGGUUUCUGGGACACUUUGAUUGCUGGGCGUUCUACGUCAACGGAUUUCCCCCCUGACAAGAUGAACAUCGGUGCCCAUUAUCAUCCAGAUGCGGACCAUGGAGGCAGUAUGGCUUGUCGCGGAGGCCAUUUUUUGUCGGAGAAUGGUCGAUAUUUCGACGCUCCAUUCUUCAGCAUUACCAAGAACGAGGCGAUGGCAAUGGAUCCUCAAGGCCGAGUUCUAAUGGAAAAUGUAUAUCAUGCAAUCGAAAAUGCUGGUCUCACCAUCGGAAAUGUUGCCUCAAACGAUAUCUCUGUCUUUGUCGGUGCGUCCAACAACGAUUUCAAGCAGAUCAUGGGAGCCGAUGAGCAAUCCCUCUGGAAAUAUCUCCCCCUAGGAACGGCUCCUUCUAUUCUUUCUAACCGCAUCAGCUGGUUUUUUGACUUUAAAGGGAGUAGUAUGACAGUUGAUACAGCAUGUUCAAGUAGCUUGGUCGCUUUCCACCUCGGUUGUCAGGACCUUAGGUCCGGGAACUCCAAGAUUGCCAUUGUCAGUGGCGUGAAUCUGCUUGAUGACCCUGACAUGAUGUAUCGCAUGAGCCAUGUGGGAUUCCUAAGCUCUGACAGUAUCUGUCACAGCUUUGACCAUCGUGCCAAUGGAUAUGCUCGUGGUGAGGGAGUCGGUACACUGAUACUCAAAUCUGUUUCGGAUGCCAUUCGAGACGGGGACACUAUCCGGGCAGUGAUCCGAGGAACUGGAUCGAACCAGGAUGGCCACACCCCUGGCAUGUCAGUCCCUAGUUACCAACGUCAAGAGCAGCUCAUACGCAAUGUCUAUGCCAAGUCGGGGCUGAAACUAGAGGAAACUGGCUAUGUGGAGGCUCAUGGUACGGGGACACCGGCUGGUGAUCCGAUCGAGGCUCGCGCGAUGGGGGCCGUUUGGAAGUCACGGAAAGAUUUGAAUCUUCCUCCUUUGGUUAUAGGAGCCGUAAAAUCCGUGAUUGGUCACUUGGAAGGAGCAUCAGGUCUGGCUGGUCUGAUCAAAACCGUCCUUGUUCUGGAGCGAGGUAUAAUACCACCGAAUCUGAACUUCGAGAAAGUAAACCCAAAGAUUCCGGCAGAAGAAUGGCAUCUUCAGUUUCCUCGGGUAGCCAUGCCAUGGCCGGGCCAGGGCUUGCGGCGGGCCUCUAUCAGCUCAUUUGGCGUCGGGGGAACGAAUGCCCACGUCAUCAUGGACGAUGCAUAUCAUUAUCUGCAGUCCCACAACUUAGAGGGGACCCAUUGUACCAUCAGGUCUUCUUCUCAUGUUCUGACUAACAGCCAGAACAAUGGCAUGGAGGUAAAUAUAACGAGCAAUCAUAUGAUAGACCAGCAAGAUGAGAAGCAUAAUGGGUCUCAGGUGAACGUGAUCAAGGAAGAGUCUUUUCCCACAAGGUCCUUCGUCUGGUCAUCCUCUGAUGAAGAAGGCCUGAAGCGAAUUUUCAACCAAUUUCACUCUUGGCUCCGAGGCCGUUCUGGGCUUGUGAAUGAAGAUCAACUUCUCACCAACCUAGCGUGCACUCUAACCGAGAAACGAACACAAUUUUCAUGGCGUUCCUUUACCACCGCUGCCUCCUUCGCGGAACUCCAAGAACAACUGGCGGAGGGUCCCAAGUUUACUCGCCAUGUACGGCCUGGGAAAAUUCCCAUGCUAGUGUUUAUCUUCACCGGGCAGGGGGCUCAAUGGGCUGGAAUGGGGAAGGAACUGCUCAGAUUUCCAGUUUUUCGUGAAAGUUUUGAUGACGCCAAUCGCUACCUGCGUAGCUUAGGUAACAAAUAUGAUAUCAAAGAGGAACUUUUACGAGACGUCGAACAGUCUCAAAUCGACCAACCCGAUCUCAGCCAAGUACUCUCGACGGUGAUUCAGACCAGCCUGGUUGACCUCCUGCGCGAGUGGAAUGUUCGACCAAGCAGAUUGGUUGGGCAUUCUUCAGGAGAAAUUGCCGCUGCCUACUGUGUAGGAGGAUUGAGCCGUGAAUCUGCCUGGAAGGUUGCUUAUUUCCGUGGCAUUGUUGCAUCUAUACUAGUCAAUUCCGGAGGGAGUAUGCUUGCAGUCGGCAUGGGGGAAGAUGCGCUACAGCCCCAUUUAGAGGCAGUACACCAAGAACUGAAAGGAAUUUUAUCCAUUGCAUGCUUCAACAGCCCAACGAAUAUCACUGUUGCGGGAGAUGGGCACAUGGUAGACCUCCUCUCCUUGCGGCUCGGAAGCGAAGGAGUGUUUGCACGCCAGCUAAAGAUUCAGGUGGCAUAUCAUUCUGCGCACAUGAGGCAGGUUGCCGAUGAGUAUCGUCGGCUGAUGGGUGAGUUAUCUGUGGGAAACGAAAUAUGGCCUAACUCCGAGCCUAUUAUGGUGUCCUCCGUCACUGGGAGACCUAUCAAUGCUUCCUCUCUUGCAGAUGCUGAUUACUGGGUGCGCAAUAUGACAUCGCCUGUGCAGUUUCUCUCCGCCGUUGAGUAUCUUAUCAACACUGUUGCUUCGAAAGGCAAACGAACAACCACAGUGGUGGGCGGAGAUCAAAACCCCAUCCUGAAUAUGGUUGAACUGGGUCCUCAUCCUGCUAUGCAAAGUGCAACCAAGGAAAUCGUGGAAGCAAAUCCCACAGCCGCAGGCCGAGUUCCAUAUUAUUGGGCAAUCCAACGCAACACCUCAGCCAUGACGCAGGCACUUGACCUUGCCGGCAAGCUAUUCUGUGAAGGCUACCCUGUAGCCUUCUCUCGAGUCAAUGGAUGCUCUAGUGGAAAAAUGCUAGUUGAUACUCCCCCGUACAGCUUCAACCACACCCGUGAAUAUAAUCCAUUUGGACGGCUGAGCAAAAACUUUCUUUAUCGCCAGAAGCCUCGACAUGAUCUCUUCGGGGCGCCAGUUCGAGACUGGAAUGUAGACGAACCACGGUGGAGGAACUUCCUCCGAGUCCAUGAAAUACCAUGGGUUAAGGACCAUAAGAUCACCGGCCAAUUGAUCUAUCCAGGUGCCGGCUAUGUAGUCAUGGCAAUUGAAGCGGCCAAGACACUGGUCGAUCCAGCGUCCACUGUCAGUGGGUUCCGGCUAAGAGAUGUUGUUUUCAAGACUGUCUUGCAAAUUCCAGAUACAACAGAAGGCGUGGAAACCAUGAUGGCCUUCCGUCGCAAACAGGAGUCAAGUUACAGUACCUCAUCUAUCUGGUUCGAAUUCAAGAUCUCUUCAUACCAAACCAGAUCGGAGGGGUGGAUGGAACACUGUACUGGUUUAGUUGCAGUGGAAUAUGGCGGCAGUAGGAACAAUCCCAUUGUCACGGAUGCCCCAACCGAUGCCAUCAAGCAAAAUUUCGAGGCUCUCAGAAACCGAGCCAGCCAAGAAUGCACUGUUCCUGUUGACAUGGAGAAAAUGAGGGCGGAUCUAAAAUCCCUUGGCAUGGUGUUCGGCCCAACUAUGCAAGGUCUUUCUAGUGCUUUACGAGGUGAUGGAACAGGCCAAGCGUUGGGAAUUGUUCGCAUUCCUGAUGUCCGCGCCAGUAUGCCUUAUGAGACAAUGGAGCCGCAUAUUAUGCAUCCGGCAACAAUGGAUGCUUGUACACAACUGUCAUUCGUGACGAUUGGCGACUUGGUCAACCAAGGAACCUUUUCUGACAUCAUGCUGCCACGGUCAAUCAAAGAGCUCUGGUUGGCAUCAGAGAUUGUGAACAAGCCUGGGGCAGAGAUCAAUUGCCACGCUGUGUCCACGAGAAUUUCACAUAAUUCCGUACAUCACGAGAUGACAGCAUGGAGCGCCGGCGCUACAUUGCCAGAAUUCCGCAUUUGGCAAUAUCAAACGGUUGUUUUGGAACGACCCGCGCAUAGAGGCCGCGACUAUCAACAGCCGUGGACUUUGAUGUGGAAACCAUAUGUAAAUUUGAUGGAACCGCAGGAGACGAUAGACUAUCUUCGCCAGGCUUGUGACAACAAUGGAGCCCGCAAGCGUGAGGAGAACGCAAAGGUUUUAUCAAAUGAUUUGGAUCAGGUGGUCGCAAUUCUUGCCCAGAGGGCUCUAUCCGGCAUCCAAGCUCUUAGUGCCUCCUCUUUGCCACCUCACCUCCAAAAGUACCUUGCCUGGCUUCAGGAGAUGCACCACCGUCUGCCAAAGAAUUCGGACUCUUCGGAAAAACAAGAUGAUCUAAUUCAACAUGCUGCUUCCAUCUCCGUGGAGGGCGAGCUGAUAUCAUGUGUAGCAAGCCACCUGGACUUAAUCAUAAAUGGCAAGACUGAUCUUUUCGACAUUCUAUCUCACGACGGCUUGUUGGAACGCUUCUAUGCAGAGAACCAGUCGUCUCAGCGGAUACAAGAGCUACUCCGCGCAUACGGCGAUAUCUAUGGGCAUCAAGCAGGAGAUCUGAAGGUUCUCGAGGUUGGAGCCGGCGACGGUGCAAGUACCAAGGCCUUUCUCCCUAGCCUAGCAGCUAGUCUGUACACUUACACAGACGUAUCGACAACGUUCUUUGCUAAAGCACAAAGGUCUCUCGCUGCAUGGGCAGACUCAAUUGAGUACCGCAAAUUCGAUAUCACACAGGACCCCUCGGAGCAAAACUUUGAGGCGAGCUCAUUCGACCUCAUUCUGGCUGUGGAUGUGGUUCAUGCAGCUCCAGAUGCCAGUUAUGCCUUGCUAAACCUCAAGUCAUUGCUGAAGGAAUCGGGAAGGCUGAUUCUGGUGGAAAUUUGCAAGACGGAUGUUCUCCUUUAUCCACUCAUCUUCGGCCUAAACCCGGGAUGGUGGUGGAGCAAGGAAGAAACCCGUCAAGCCGGCCCUCUGCAGUCGGCUACUUGGUGGUCCGAGACACUCAAAGUAUCAGGCUUCUCUGAAGUUGAAGUCUCUAUUGGCGACUCUGCGACCCCAGCCAUUUCGGAGCGCACUUUGAUGAUUGCUGGUAUUUCUGGCCCAGGUGCGGAUACCAAGCGAGCCGCAGAGAUACAAGCGGCACCAAUGAUUGUGACACCACCUGAACCAUCGCCUCAAGUCAAGGAAAUUGCCGAGACACUUAGUAUGAGUCUGGCCUCGCCGGGGGAUAAAUGUACUAUUGUCGAUAUUCUCGGUGUCACACGUCAUACAGACCUAGGAGGAAAGAUAUGCAUUGUCAUGGAUACACAGGGGGGUAUUCUUUCUCGCAUGAGCAAUGAUCUAAUGAUCAAUCUUCAACAUCUUCUCAAGUCAUGUGGUGGCAUCCUCUGGGUCCGCGAAGACCACCGAUCAGAUCCGAAUGCUGCUCUUAUCACAGGUCUCAUCCGGACUGUUGGCUGGGAGCAGAAUUUUCGUCAACAGAACCUUGUCACAUUGGAAAUCGGUCAUGGACAUAAUGUCCAGCAAGCCAUUCAGCGUAUCCAGAGAAUCUACCAACAUGAAUUUGGGUCAGAAGUCAAGUCUGGUAGCAAAAGGAACAAUCGCAACACUGAGUAUAGGGCUUCCGUCGUCGGCCCCCUCCAGACAAACCGUUUGGUUUUACAGAAAUCCCUGGAUAGUUUCAUGGCCAACAAAUUUGCCACAAUAGCUCCCGAAAGCACACGUUUAGGCGAUUCACCGAAUCGAGUGUUAUCUUUGACAACAGACAGCCCUGGUCUUUUGGAUCGGAUGUAUUUUAAGGACUGCUGUGUCUACACGACUCCACUGAAAGGUGACGAGGUCGAAUACAGAGUGCACGCAACCGGACUGAACUUCCUCGAUGUUAUGUCCGCUAUGGGUGAAGUGCCAGCGAACAGGUUUGGAGGUGAGGCGUCCGGUAUCGUCACGCGAGUUGGUCCGAAUGUAAAGAGGCUGCGCCCUGGGCAACGCAUAGCGGCACUCUCAGUCUGCACUGGCACUUUCCAAACAGUCGCUCGUACCGUGGAAAAUGCAGCUAUCGCCAUACCCGAGACAAUGAGCCUUCAACACGCUGCAGGAUUUCCAAUUGUCUAUGCCACAGUGUUCUACUGUUUGGUGGAGGUUGCACGUUUGAAAAAAGGGGAGACGAUUUUAAUCCAUGCGGCAGCAGGCGGCGUAGGACAGGCAGCUCUGAUGCUCGCUAACCACAUCGGGGCUCGAAUCUUUGCCACCGUUUCUUCUGAAUCCAAGAAGAAGAUUCUGCUCGAGUACGGUGUGCAUGAGGAGCACAUCUUCUAUAGUUGCGACCUUGCUUUCAAGCAGAUGAUCAUGCAACAGACCAAUUACCGUGGGGUAGACGUCGUAUUGAACUCGCUGGCAGGCGAGGCUCUUCGGGCGGCUUUUGAAUGCAUGGCCCCAUGUGGUCGCUUUAUCGAAAUCGGUAAACGCGACUUUAUAACGAAUGGACGGCUUGAUAUGGCACCAUUUCUUCACAGUGUGACCUUUGCCGCCUGCGACCUCAACACCAUCCUACAACAUGACCCCGCUCUGGCAUAUAAACUCCUCCAGGGGGCCAUGGAACUCUGGCAACUUGGUGUCUUCCGACCAACGACUCCGUUCACGACUUUUAAGUACUCCCAGUUGGAAAUGGCGUUCCGUCGGCUCCAGUCUGGUAAACAGAGCGGCAAGGUGGUAUUGACCAUUGAUGAUGACGAUGUUGUCCAGGCUCUUCCCCGGCUCCCCCCGCCAUAUCAAUUCCAUACAGAUGCGACAUAUCUGCUCAGCGGUGGUCUUGGUGGUCUCGGUCGGAGUGCAGCGCGGUGGAUGGCAUCUCGUGGGGCAAAACACUUCCUAUUCCUUUCAAGAUCCGGUGGCUCCAAUGCAGAUGCACAGCUUCUACUCAACGAGUUGAAUGGCGCCGGAUGCGAUGUACAGGUCCUCCAGGUUGAUGUUGGUGACUCGGUUGCCUUGGAUCAAGCGCUUAGAGCUCAUAUGGGAACAAUGCCCCCUAUACGGGGUUGCAUUCAAGGUGCAAUGACUUUGAUGGAUUCUACCUUUGAAACGAUGACAUCGACUGCCUUUGAAGCCAGCGUUAGGGCCAAGGCACGCGGAUCGUGGAACCUCCACGAGGUGCUUCCAAAGGAUCUCGACUUUUUCAUCCUCCUGUCUUCAUGCGCCGGUGUUCUCGGGAACCGUGGCCAGGGGAACUACAACGUAGGUAACACAUUUCAAGACGCCCUAGCCCAUUACCGCCAAUCUCGAGGCCUCAGUGGAACAUCAUUAGACCUAGGUCGUAUGCUUGAUGCUGGUGUGAUUGCCGAACGAAAGGACAAUUUAUUCACAGCAUCCCUCCGAAGCGCAUUCGGGAACCAAUCCGUUUCGCAGGAGGAGUUCCAUGCUCUAUUAGAGUACCAUUGCAAUGCGCAAAACACAGAUGUGUGUCCACAGACUGUAGUUGGACUUUGUACCCGUGAACAGUUCCUUGCAGACAACUUACCAGAGCCUGCCUUCCUGUCCUACCCCCUAUUCACUCAUCUCUGGCGGGUUGGUGGCGCUGCGGGAAGCGAGGGUAGUAAUGGUGACGUCCCGAAAUUUUCAAUCAAGGGGGCCUUAUACAAAGCCCUCUCCCCGGAAGAAACACUCCAGAUUGUGGUUGAAGGCAUCAUUGAGAGAUUGUCCAGCUUGCUGGCUAUAUCUGCGACCGAGGUCGAUCGCGAAAUGGCUCCUUCCAACUAUGGGGUUGACUCCCUUGUAGCUAUUGAGAUUCGAAAUUGGCUAUCAAAGGAGGUAGGUGUUGAGGUUGGAGUGUUGGAUAUUGUAGGCAGUCAGUCGAUUGUCGAUUUAGGGGAGCGGGUGCUCAAAGCUAAGGGUUAA